AUGUUAGGUUCUGAUUUUGAGCCGUAUACUAAGACUCUCAAUAAUGCUCGUGUUGUUUUUGGUGCAACUGUUGCUAUUGGAAAAGAUAAUUUUGAAUCCAUUAUGGGCGAUCGUCUCACCUUUGUUGAUAAGUCGAUGCUCAUAAAAGAGUUUAUUGAAAGUUCGGAUUUUAUAUCACUUAUUCUUCGUCCUCGCCGUUUUGGCAAAUCAACAAAUCUAUCCAUGUUAAAUCGCUUCUUUAAAGAUUUAACUUCUGAAACAUGGGAUGAGAUGACGACAUUAUUAAGAGUAAUGAUAGGUGGAAUUUAUGAUAAAUACAACUAUAUUAUCAACAGUUUAUCACCCUAUCAACAAAAGAGAUUUCAACGAAUUCUUGACAGUUACCUAACCUAUCCUGUAUCUGAAUUGAAAAUUGCUUUGCAAGAACUUUCUAUAUAUUUACGACAACAUUAUAAAAAAAAAUGUAUUGUAUUGAUUGAUGAAUACGAUUCUCCAAUGGAAUGCGCCUAUAAUAAAGGAUAUUACGGAGUUGCAAAUGAUUUUUUUAAAGGCAUGUUCUCAUCAUUAUUGAAGAGCAAUGAUGAAAAUAUUGCAAAAGCUAUGUUGGUUGGUGUAUUACGGAUUGCAAAAUCUGG